AUGGAAGCUUCUUCCUUGGCCCUGGCCCACGAUCAUGCUCGCGCUGCAGUAGUUGCGACACAAGGUUUAGAUACAACAAUCGCAAUAAAUGAACAUGCCUUGGCUGCAGGAGAAUUUGCAAAAGCUGCAUCAGGAACAGGAAGCGCAGAAGCUCUGAGGACCUUAAGACUCCUGGAACAACAUCACCAGCGACUCUCAGAACUCCUUCGAUACCCCACUGACCACCCCGUAACUCCGAAUGCGAACGAACCAGAAGUUAAAGCAGUCACAGAGAAAUCAGUAUCAACAUCUGCGGCUGUAGCAGAACUACGCGCUUCGCAUUCGGACCUUGGGCCUCGCACAUCGCCCCUUGAUAAUGCGCCAAGCUUGCAGACUCCAAGGCGUCUCCCUCCACGCGACCUUUCUUCUUCAAUCGCUAGUAAUCUAGCUUCUGCGAGAGGCAUACGCUCAAGUCAUAGUCGCCAACCACUUUCACCAAGUGUAUCAUCUCUACAGGCGCCAGGCAAUAUCGAGGGACGUCGAGAAGUCAGCAAACGAUCAAAAGUCCCAACAAUUCCAGAGCACACCGCCACAUCUAAGCCAAGUUGGGUCCCUCCUCAACCUACUCAAAAGAAAGCAGAUCCUCAAACCUCCACAUCACGGACAUCGGCGGUUGCUGAGCCCAAAUCGCCUCGCGCCAUUGCUCAUGAUGAGGGAUUCUCCAAGUUCUACAGUGCCUUCAAUAGUGUCGUCUAUAAGUUAUCAGCCCCCUUAGCUUUCGCUGGCUUGCCUCUUUUCUCGGAAACCGACUUGACUUCCAUGAUACAAGAGGUGCCUUCUACAACCAGCCGCAAAAGUAAACCACCAAGCCGCGAAAGAAUGCCUACCGAAGAGCCUGAUCUCACCAAGUACAUAUCUAAAGCCGCCCUUCGUGCGUCCGCUCGCGAUGGGCAUUCGGGUAACGAUUCAUUCUACGUUGUUCCUACCACGGGUCAUACGGUUUCAUAUGCACACAUUCUCUCCUUUGCCGAAAAAGAAAAACGUCGUUUAGCAGCCUCCAUGCAUAGCGCAGAUCCCGACCUCUUUCCCGAUCCCAACGAUGAGGAAGAUUUUGUCGACGCUCGUGAAACACCCAUGCCUAACUCUCCCAGUAAUUUAAAACGAAACCGUCGCAUUGCGGGUAGGGAAACAGAUAUCCGCAUUGAGGAGUUGGAUCUGGAAAAUACCAGUCUCAAACAAUGUAUCGACAAACUCAGCAGUCGACUCCAUGCCUUUGAAAUGGCAGCGCAGAAUAGUAGUCUGGCUUUACAAGAAAGUAUACGUCUGAUGCGUCCUGAAGAUAGGAGUUUAGGUGGAGGGUCAAAUGAUGAAUCGAUCAAGAGGAGAUUAAUAGAGCUUGAAGAACAGAUGAGCAUGAGAGAUAAAGAAAACGAGAGACUAUUCCGAGAAAACGAAAAGCUGAGAGAAACGGUCGCGAAGUAUAGGAAUAGGUGGGACGUAUUGAAAGCGGGAGCGAAGAGUAGGAGGGACAAUAAAGACUCGAGUUUGAAGGGGGGUGAAUCGAGGGAGGGAAGUUUGAAGGAGGAUAAUGGUAGCAUCAAAGAUGGGAAUGGUGGGAAUAGCAAGGAUACGAGGGAAACGGGGAGUGUGAGGGGAGGUAGAGAGAGGGAGGUGGGUGGUAUGAGGUUUUUGGCAGGCUAG